GCCGCCGAAGCACACGAUGUCCACCGCCGCCUCGACCAAGCUAUAAGCCUUUGCCUCGCCGAUGGCUUUACACGCGUGUUCGCUUCCAUGCAACCAUUUCUCCAGUUAGUCCUGGUUUAUCGAGCCGCAAACAUCUGUAAUAAUAAUACCAAAGACGCGUACGAGGCACUCUCGAUUUGAUUCAAAAGGAACGACGUCCGACGCCCAAUCGCACGGCCCAAUUGCGGUCCAUCGGCUUUGAUUUUUUUCGCAUUAUAUUAUUGACAAAAUGAUCAUGGGGCCGACAAAAAUUUCAUACGUUGUAGCUUCUAUUCUCGUUGGCAUUAUUGUUCUCGUAACGUUGGUAUCGGGUCAGGAGCCAACAAUCACAGUCUCAGAGGACCAAAUCAAAGAAAUUGGCGAAGAAGCUGUAUUCAAUUGUACGGUUGAAAAUCUCUCGCCAGAAUGGAGCAUAGUUUGGAUGAUGUUUGGAAAAGACAACCGAGGCGAUUCGACGCCGGUGGUCCUCAAUGACAGACUCGUACUCACCGAUAAUCGGAUGACGUUGGUUUCCUCCAACCAGUCGUCGACUUACACGGCAUCGAUAAAGAUCAAAGACCUUCAGGAAUCCGACACGGGAUUUUACUCAUGCCGAGCAUUGAAAAAAGCUCAUGAAAAGGUAUCUGCUGACAUCGAGCUUCAAAUAAGACGUCCAGCCACGAUAAAAAGCACGGCCGUCUUUGCCAAUGUGACCGAAGGUUCAUUAGUGGAGUUGAAAUGUGAAGCCGAUGGCUAUCCAGUGCCACAGAUCACCUGGAAACGUCACGAUGAUUUACUUUUCCCCUCCGGCGGCGCUAUUUACCGCGGCAACGUUAUGAGAAUCGACAAUGUGCACCGAGACGACAGAGGUGUCUAUUACUGCACCGCCACGAACGGAGUUGGUCCCGUAGCCACUUACAACAUCACAUUGGUCGUGAGUUUCGCACCGAACGUCAUGGCCGUGCGCCCCCGAGUCGGACAAACGAUCGGUGAGGACAUCGAUCUCGAGUGCCAAAUCGAGGCUCAUCCCGCUCCGAACGUCACCUGGUUCAAGGACAACGUAGAGCUCAAGAAAGAGAAGUCCCACUCGCGAAAGGACGUUUUCGUCGACUCGCUGAAGCGUUACUCAGUUACCCAGUCCGACUUCGGAAUAUACGUCUGCAGAGCAGAGAACUCGUUGGGAAAGAGCGAGACGAAGAUCGAGCUUUUCGAAGCCGGCGUACCAAAGUGUUACGAGAGCAGCUGUCGUUAGAACAACAUUUUAUAACACUGUAAAUACAUAAUUACAAAUUAUAUUAAUACAACGAUACUUAGAAACUUUGCGACAAUGUAACAAUAUGUGUUUUAUACUUUUUUAAUUUUAUAUAUACUAUUUUAUUAUGCAUUUACGAGAACUUUUUGCAACGCGGGAGUUUUUUAAAAAAAAGCAGUGUGCUUGCAAGAAAGUAUUGAUGUAUCGUGAUCAAAUAUGUAUCACAUAUUCGUUAGAAAUAAUACUUUUGUACAUUUGAUAAUAAAAAAUCCAAUUUCUUAA